UAGCUACUCUAGCACUGACGUGUAAGAUAAACUGACAAAGUCUUUGUUCACAUGCAUCUCUUUGUUUACUCAGUGCUUAUACAGUUUACUAGUAAACAGGAAUGUUUCACUGGUCCAAAGUAUGACUGAGUCAGAAAUCAGAAAUGUUUAAUUCUUCAGGGUUGAAACAUCAUUGCUAAUUAUGUGUGUAAGCAUUCCUGUGAACUGUAUUAAUUAUUUCCAGACAUCUUACUGCUGAUUGUUUUUUCCAAAGAAAUAUUUAUUCUAUGAGUUGUCUUUAGAAAGGUGUGUUUGUUGUUACAAAUGUCUGUUAAUUAGCAUUUCACAUUUAUAAGGGUCAAAUUGAGUUGGCCAAGUGUUAGCAAGAUAACAGAUUAUCUAGAAAGUUUUAAAAAGUCAGUGUUGCUUUAACCUAGGAGUGCCCCUCCCUGCCUCUCACCCACUGACCCACUGCUCCAUAUGCUCUGGUUAAAUCAUGAAGCACAUAGAAGCAGACAAUUGAGAAAUGAGUUUCCUGUAAUUAAGUUUCUGUAACUUAGUCCUUGACUUGAGGGUCCCCAGUGAGUGGGCAGAUUAUUUGCUUUACUGCUGCCUCUUCUGUCAAACCCUUUUGAGUCAACACUUACAUUUAUAAAUGUCACCACUUGUUUUGUGCUGUAGGUAAAAAAAAAAAAAAAAAAAAAAAACCAACAACAACAAAAAACACAUAGUACCUGAAGUUUCUGUGGUUGCAAAGAUGUAGGGGUGUGUGUGUCACAUGUGAGAAAUAUUUCUCAAGAAGGUUGUGUGGCUAUCAAGGAGCAGUAGGCAAAUGAAUUAAAACAAGAAACUCCUCCAUGAUCCACAUAUAACUGUUUCUUAACUGUUCUCCUACAGCAAAGCUAUUAUAUUCUAUUUACAAUGGAUGCAUUUAGAACAAUGUGCUAUGUCAAUACUAGGAAGUGGAUAGAGUGUAUUUCUGUUUCAGCUUGCAAAGGAACUAGCAUUUGUUCUGCUCGUGUUUGCUGAAUGGUCACUUUUCAACUUGUGGUUUAGUUAACACUUUGCAAUUAGACUGUGACAGGAGUAUCUCACCCCUUGUGCAAAUUCCUCUUCUUGUGCUUGGGGAGAGGCUCCUGUCAUUCGCAGCCCUGCUUAUAAUGGUGUUUGGAGCUGGGCAAUUGGUCAUCUAUGAAAAUUUAUGGGAAUCCCUGUAGAUUUUUAGUCUACAUUUUCUUUCAGGGGAAUGAUAGUGGACUUUUCAUCAUGAACUAUCAAUCUUAGGGUAUAAAUUUAUUGAUCGGUAUCUUAAGAAAAUGCCUCUGAUACUAAAUGGCCUGUGUAAAAACUGAGUGCUUCAGCUGGUGGAUUUUAGGUCUUAUUUUAUUUUAUUUUUUUGUUAUGAUACAGGGCAGGUUGAAAGAAAGCAAAUUAUGUUUACCUUAGUAGCUGUUUGGAAGGCUCCUGGGCUCAAAGUUUUUGCGGUGUUAGUCAAAUGCCCUCAAGUAGUAGUUUUAUGCAAAUACUUAGAAGGUUAUUCAGGGAAAAUCUUUUUAUGAGGUUUCCCCAGUCAGUUUCUCUGGGUGCUUUUCUGUGCUUUAAGGAGCAGUUAUCUUUGAAGAGAAAGAUGUGAUGAAGUUGACCUCCCCCAAACACUUCCUUCUCCAUCUGUCUCCCCACCUUCUUUCAUUAGUUUCCAUUAGUUUCCCCAUCUGGACCCUCCCUUACUGUCCCUGUGUUUAGAGCUAGCAUCCUGAAGGAAAUUUGUGCUACACCUAUGCUUUAUAAACAAGCACUGACAAAUCCCAGCGGACAGCAAGGUGACAUCAUUGCAAAGCUUCCUAUAGUAACAGGAGUGUUUUUCCUUGCAUUGUGUACCUGAUGACACUAGUGGGAGCCUACCAGCUGUUACUGUUAUUUGUGGUAAUACUCAUUUAGCUUCAUAAUCCCUCUGACAUAUGUUUGCAUGCUAUUUUGGCUGUAAUGUGUGAUGUGUUGCACAGAGAUAACAUGCAAGCACAGCCAUGUCAGGCUUCAAACUGCUGAAUGGAUUAUGCGCUUAAAUGAAGAAAGUAGCACAAUUUAUGCCUCUACAUUUUGCUAAGACUGAUUCCUUCAUGACCAGAGUUCCAGGGGAAGUUCAGGUUGGUGGAUGCUGAGUGUUGCCUCCUGUGCAGAGCUUCACAUGCUUUUACUGGGUACAUAGCAAUGAAAUGGUAUAUUUAUGGAUAAAGUUGCUGUUACACUUUACUAUUGCUAUACCACUUUUCAAGAAAUACAAAAUUAGCUGGGACAGUGAAAAAUCUUUUAUAAAGCUUUUACUGAUCUGAAGUGUGUGUGGAGUCACAAAUAACACAGAUACUAACUUUUUACGUGGUCUCAUACUGGUAGGACAAGGGGGAAUGACUUUAAACUAAAAGAGGAGAGGUUUAGGUUAGGUGUUAGGUGGAAAUUCUUUACUCAGAGGGUGAUGAGGUGUUGGCACAUGUUGUCCACAGAAGCUGUGUCUGCCCCAUCCCUGGAGGUGUUCAGGGUCAGGUUGGAUGGGGCCCUGGGCAGCCUUAUUUAGUGGGGGGCAGCCCUGUUCAUGCCAGGGGGAAUCAAAAUGAACAGGCUUUAAGGUCUCUUCCAAGCCAAAUCUUUAUCUGAUUCAAUGAACUGUGGUAAUAGUGCACUGUUGGGUGGUGAUUAUGUAAUUGGCUUACCUGCUCCUGUUCUCUGGAACUAGUUUGUUUUUAUUCCUUGCUCCUUUCUAUGUUUCCUGCAGCUUGUUACUGCCAAACUGAAGGGAAGAAACAUCCAGAAUAAACAGUGUUGAUUGUGAGACUUAUAGAAACCCACUGUGGUGUUACGUGCACAAGAACUUGUGGCCAUUGGAUAACAUUAGAUAUGUGAGAUUCAACACAAAAGGUCAUGACUGUUUAUUCAGAUGAUGUUAGAUUUUGUGCACUGCCCUGCCAAAGAUAGUGUAAAUGUAGAAAUUCAUGCAUGUUGAAGGGGAGACCAGAGAAAUUUCUGGAAAAGAGCUCCAAAUAGAAAAGCCACUACAAAGCAAGGAAAUCCCUUUAGCUGAAAUUAGUAAGAAGCUAGAAGAAUGCUGAGAUGAAAUAUAAUCAUAGAAUGGUUUGGGUUGGAAGGAACCUUUCAGAACAUCUGUUUCCAACCCCGCUGCUACAGGCAGGGACACCUCCCACUACACCAGGUUGCUCAGAGCCCCAUCCACCUGGCCUUGAAUGCUUCUAGGGAGGAGGUAUCCACACCCUCUCUGAAUGCUCUGUUCCAGUGUCUCACCACCUUCAUAGUAAAGAAUUUCCUCCGAAUAUCUAGUCUAAAUCCACCCACUUCCAGUUUAAAGCCAUUUCCCCUCAUCCUGUCACUACAUGCCCUUAUAAAAAGUCCCUCACCAGCUUUCCUGUAGGGCCCCUUCAGGUACUGGAAGGCCGCUAUGAAGUGUCCCCUGCAGGUACUGGAAGGCCACUAUAAGUGCUAUGUUCUUACUGUCCCCAAGAAUAUAAUCUUCAUGUACUGGGUUAUUUUUCCUUAGUUACUAUUCGUAGUCUGAUUUUUGCAGCUUCCUUUAUUCCCCAGAAAUUCAUACCUUGGAGGAUGACCAAGUGUCUGUAUGAGGACAGUAUCUGAAAUUCUUAACCCUAGGGCUGGUGAAGCCUAGCAAGUUUGAAAUCUGAUUUAGAAAGGGAGAAAAGCAGAAGGGCAAGGAAUUUGGGUUUUGUAUUUCAGACUCCUCACUGCUGUCUAAGUCACUGGGCCAUGCUAGGUUCUACUUUCAUUCUCAGCUGCCAGCAGGAUGUUAUCUUGUUGUGCUCCUCAUGCUUCCUCAGCUCAGUGGAGUGGAGAGGGGAGAAGGCAGCAGCGGCUGUAGCAUCCUUCAUCUCAGGCAAUGAAGGGUGAUGAGAGACAGACUGUUCUGGGCUUCAUGAAAUGAUAGAUUACAGUGGAACCUGCACUUCACCAGGAUAUGCAGCUGUUGUAAUGUCCUGCUUAAGUCACAGGCUACAAAGCUUAGCUAUUAACUGGUACACUAACUUGUUCUUUGGGUGCCCAGCAUUUCCAUUGCCACCCUGGUUGGCUGGUGCUUCAGAGGUCAGCCAGUUUUGUUCCUUUAAUCAGGUAAAGAAGGCUUGUUGUGGCUUGAACUGUCUAAACUUGAGCUUUGGAAAAUGGUGAGUGGUGCAGUUUUUGUUUGUGUUUUAGCUUUUAUUGAUGAUCCCACUUUUAAAGAAUUGCAUUUAUUCUUCUAGCUCACUGGUAAUUAAUUCAUAGUUCUGAAGCAAUUAAGAAGUGUAGCACUUCAGUUUGGCGCAUUUCUUGUUUUUAUAUAAGUAAGUUAUAAAAAUAGUGUUUCGUGAUUUACGAAUAUUGUGUACAAAUUAAUUAACCACCUAUAAGUAAAGCAAUGCAUUGAAUGCAGCUUGCAUGAAGCAGUCAAAUAUGAACUGACACGAGGAAAACCAGGUUGUUUCUUUAAAACUUUUGGCCUAAUUUACUUCUAAAUUGAUGUUCCAAGAUGAGAGAAGUCUGAAACAAUUCAAACAUUGCUGAAGGAAUAGAGAUUCCUUCUUAAGGUGAAAAUUUUAAUUCUAUGAUUCUCAGCUUUAUCAUAUUUACAUAAUAAACAACUCCACCCGCAAACACUGUAGAGGUAGAACAUGUGGAUACCAUAGAGGAGUUAUCAGCAUUUGCCUUCCUGAUCAGAAGAAAAAUGUUGUUUUCUGUGUUGCUCUAAAUGGAUGACUGGGGCACAGCCCAGCAGAGGUGGGGUCAGAGAUUUGUGUCUGUGUGGCUGCACAAGUCGGGAUGCACCCAGGGUCCUGUUUCCUCCACAGCUCCUGUAGUAGCCAUAUGCUGCCCCUUGCUCUGCCUAACUGCUUUCACCCAGAAACAGGCAAACCCAUUUGUCUGUCAUAACUGACAGCUUUUCACCUUCGCAUCCUAUGUAGGAUCGAUCCCAUCUAGGUUAAUGUUGGGCCACUGGGUUCUAAAGAGUGAGCUCUUCAAAAGACUUUUUUUCUCACUCUUCUGUUUUACUGCAGUUCAGACAUUUGUAGAGGUAUUCUUUGCUCAAAGACCCUGUGUCUGCAAGUACGGGGAAGUAACUGGUGUUUCAUGUUCAAUUUGAGCAUUCUUCUAAUGAUGGCUAAACCCUAGCGUUCCAUGGUGGUGACGGGGGAACACUUCCUUUCACUGAGGAUAUCCAUCAAGAAUGAUCAAGUUUCUAAUUAUUACAUUCAUUAAUUGCUUUAAGCUUAGUAACGUAUACAAAAAAUAAUUCAAAGAUAACGACUGAUUGAAUUCUUCAUAAAUAACAAAUUCCAUUUUUGCUUCAUGCUUAGUGUCUGCCUUGCUUACAUCUCCAGAAUGUGCUGCUGACCCUAGAAAAGCUGUAGCAGGUUUAUAGUUCUUUUCAUGCUUAAAAAGAGUUGAACUACCAUUACAGUUCCCAGAGAAAGACCCUGGAUAGAAAAUAGACUGUGAUGACUUUGUUAUGCUGUAAUCAUGGCUGAGUGUGACCUGGAGUGAAAAUACAGAAGUCUUAUUCUGUGAUUAAAAAUGCUGGUAGUAUACUUCACAUCUGCUCUUUCUAGGUCAGGCAUGAUAGCCAUUGCUUCUCUUGGGAUUUCUUUAUGGAAGGAUUUUAUCAUCAAACAGUCACUUUUUGUUAAAGCCGUUAUUGUUUAUUAAAUUACUCUUCAGCAGUACUUAGAGCACCCUAGAGUGAUGUAGUUAUCAUGGAAGUUACCUUAAAGAUUUUGAUAUAAAUUGGUUUCCCUAGCCAGUGUCUUGUUGAGUGGAAACAUGAACAAGAGAAAGAUCUCCAAACUUCUGUCAACUGCAUAGGGUUAAUGUCCAGGAAGUGAGUGACAGUAGCAGUUAAUCUUUCUGUCAGUGUUUAACACAGUAACAGGAUAUAAAAUAGAUAUAAGUACUCUAAAGUCAGUAGUUUCUUAAAUGAAAUUCAAUUUUAAUCCCCCCCAAAGUACUUUUGAGAUUUCCUCCACAUUUUUUCUUCCUUCUUUAUUAAACUGACGUGCUAGAAAUUUGUUUUGCAAUUCACUGAUUCCCCAAUCCUUAGCCAGCUUUAAAGGCAACUUAUCUUAUUAACCUAGAGGGAACUACAACUCUUACCAUAAAUUAGGUUGUGAUGGUUACAUUCUUUCAUCUUGAGGUAACUGCAGCCUUAAAACCAAGAGUUUCAAGGUGUUAAAGAUACAAGGACAUUUUGCUCUUUUAUAAUCUUGGAAUCAUGGAAUCAUUUGAGUUGGAAGGGACUCUAAAGGGCCAUCUGGUCCAAAUUCCUGUAAUGAUCAAGCAACACGAGUAUCUCCUAGGUAUUUACUGCUUCACUCUGAAAAACCUAAGCAAGAUUGCUAGUAUCAAUUAUCACUUAAGAUAAUGUGUCUUAAGGUGUGCGUCUGUUGUUUUUGUUGCUGUAUUUGUCUUUCAGUCAGCUCAUUAUAUGCCGGGCAGUAAUUUUGGGCUAUGCCAGUAACACUAGAAGUGGGCUGAGAGGCCUUAAAAUAUCCUAAAUUUAGAGAGCUUAACACAGAGGAAAUCUCAGUUGUUAGGUUUUGCUUUUUUAAUUGGCUCCCCUUAGUUUAAUUGAGCUUAAAAAGGGGGAAAUUGUUGCUUGCUGACAGACAAGGAAGGGAGCUAGCUUUGAUGUUUUAUGAGCAAUAAAAUAUUAAUAGAAACUUCUUGCAUGUUUGAGUGAUACCUCAGAUUAUUGAAGUCAGUUUCUUGGAGAGUCAGCAAAUUGGCAGCCUGAUUGCAGCACUACUGAAAUACCUUCUGACCACAGAAGGCAAAGAGGGGUAAAGGUGGGAGAUUUGUUCCUGUUGUGCUAUUUCCGGGUCCUUUAAUGGCUUGUGCAAAAGCCUGAGUGCCUAGGAGGCUUCUAGUCUUGAAAUUAAAGCCAUGAUAUGUCCUGGUACCUGCUCUGGUCAGAACAUGCUGUGAAACUGAUUGUGCAGUUCAAGACAUUAAAAAUUACCGAAUCCUUUGAAAAUAGCAACUGUUCUUAUUUUGGCUUUUUGGAACAGUACUUAAUAUAAAAAGCCAUUAUGCUCAUCUUGGCAGUGGUCCACACAACACAUAUUUCACAGAAUAGUUCAAAAUGGACACAAUUCCCAGACGGAAUACACAAUUUUCUUCUCAUGUCCAUGAAAUGUACACCGUACUUCAAACAGUGGAAAGACUAAGAAAUAGUUUAAGAUGAUAAGAACCUGAAUAUAACCUCUAUCUUAGUGAGCCUGGACUCUUGGAGAUCACUGGGAAAGCCAAGCAAUCCAAGUUAUUUGGGUUCUGUUAUGUCUAGCUUCUGUCAAGAUAGUUGUGAGCUACAUGCCUCCUCUCAAGUCUGCUUGUAAGAAAGGUUGCUAUCAGUUUAUACGGUUGUAGUUUUCACUGUGUAAAAAAUGUUGAUGUUUAAGUCUUAUCUCAUGAGUGGGUCUGUCUUUGACAAUGAAAAGCAGUUAUUUAAGCAUCUUGUAAAGCAUGAGGUUAAUCGUUGGGGAAUUUUGCCUAGUGUCUGGCCAGGAGACUGUUCUGUCUAGUCGUAUCCAAAGCAGGCCAACAUUUCUAAAGAUGGGAUGUCCUGUCUUGCAUUUUUUUUGUUGUUGUUGUUUAAUUAAAUAGACAAUCAACAGGCAAAAGGAAAUCCUUGAGGAAGAUAGAACUUUGCUAUGACUCUCUCAGAAAUAAAAUGGCUGCAUUUCAAGAUUUGUCCCUGAUUGGGAUCCCUAUCCACUGAGACAGUCUUGGUUAAGAUUAGAUUCUAGCCCUAGGAGCUGCCUAGGCAUUCCAAAUGAAGCACAGAGAGCAACUGCUUUGGGCCUGAAGUGUAAGUACAUACAUAUAUGUACAUACAUAUAAUAAAUAUAAGUCCAUUUUUUUCUCUCUGACUGUUAGGUGGAUUUUUUUAAGGUUUUGUUGUUGUUGUUGCUGGUUUUUCUUCCCCCCCUCCCCCCCCCCCACACACACAGUUGAGUGGUAGUAACAUCAAUUCAUGUUUUUAAAGGCUGUCUAAAGCCUCAUUGGCUUUCUACUUCCAAAGAAGUGACAGCAUUAAUUAGAGGCACUGGCCUACUCUGACAGCAGCUGGCUCUUGAGUGGGAAACUGAAGGUGCCCAAGAGUUGUGUUCUCCUCGGUCUGAUGACACAAAUAUUUUGUGAGCUGCUAAAUUAGGCAAAGUAUUGUGAAAGAUUUGUUCUAUGUCAGCUGUUAGAUAUGUGACAGAAGAUUUUCUUGAGUUUGAAGUCAGUCAUAAACUUGUUGCUUAAAGAUAUUUAUGAAUAAUGUCUGAUGUUUAUAAUAAAAUCCUAUUUUUUACUUGUGAAAUGUUCAGCAGUUCCAACAGCACAGAUGCAUUCCUGUCUUCUGCUACACUGAUUUCUUUUCAUCAAGGACGGGAACUGUGCAAACCUGAUAGAGCUGUGACCUUAACUGAGACUGUGUAGUGUCAGGGCUAUGGGAGAGAGAACCAAACCCAUCAGAAUUACCACUCAUUUCUGGGUGUAGUGUGUGUUGUGUGCUCCUUUUUAUGAACAGACGUAAUAAGAGGUUGAGCCUUUGUUUAUAGGGCAGGAAAUUCUUCCUCUUUGUGUUCUACUUCAGCUUGAUUGCUUUUUAUUUUGUUUUGUUUUCAUAAGCCCUGAUGAGGAGAGUCUGACUCAGAUUUUUUACAUUCUUUUUCUUUCUUUCUUUCUUUUUUUUUUUUUUUUGAGACAGAACAUUUAAAUGAAAUUUUGUUUUGUUUUGUUUUCUCAUAUCUCUUUUUUUCUUCCCCUUUGUAUUUUUGUCUUCUGUUCCUCUUUGGUGAUGCAUUUAGAUCUGUGAGGUAUUUUUUGGGGCCGUUUCUUUGGCAGGUGGAAAAUUCAAAGUUUCACUGAGGAAAAAACCAUAUAUGCACAAAAACAAACAAAACCCAAAAACACAAGGUGUCUGAACCUUUACACUUUAAGAAUUUAAAAGCACUACUGUUGUGACUGAAGUGUAUGAUACCAAAAUUGAAACAGGUUUGCACUUACCUAUGGUGGGAAAAUGUCACUGCAUUGUUGCUGCUUCUGAAUACAGACAAAUAAAGUUCUUUCAUAAAAUUGUCAAAGUUUAUAGGUGUAUUUACUUUACAGCUACUUUUAUAAGCUACCCACACCCUUCUCUGCAUGUGAAUGGAAGAACUCAAAAGGACACACUGAUAAUGUCAUACCAGGAAACCCUUAAUGUAAAACACAGAGAAUGGACAGGGCGGAGGGCAAGCAAAAACCUUGGGAAAAAGUCCUACUGAAGGCAAUAGAUGGAGGGAAAAAUGGGUAAACACUUUUGUAAGCUCUGAUACACUAUUUGAUUCCUUGCUUCCAUGUCUGAGCCUUUGCAAUUCUUCAAGAAAUUAAUGUGAAUUAAAGCAGGAAAAACAAAACAAAAGUAGAAAUGAAAACACUGAAAACAAAUCAACAACAACAACAAAAAAUCACAAGUCUUGCAGAACUGAAAGUACCAUUGUUGAUCAAAAUAGAUCCCACAUAAUCCUUUUCUGUUAAAUCAGAUUCUGAUUAAGUUUCCUUAAGUCAGGAUGUAUUCAAGAACUCUCUUUUGCAGACUGAGUUUGUAACUAAGUUACUAUAUAUGAAAAUACCAGUUCAAAUAUUUUAGACUGAGAUAGUUUUUACAAUGUGUGAAGAAGCACAACUAGUUGAUAUUUGAGUGUAUAUACUGGAUUUAAUUUUUGUUACAAUACGGUACCUGGAAGUAGCUUUGCCACUUAAGUGUCAGGUUUAGCUACUGUGUAUUUCACCUGAAACACUUUAGCAGGAAAGUUUUGAAGAAUACAUGAUAUUUGUAGGGUUAGUAACAUUGAAGUCAUUAUGAAGUAUUGCCAAUUUUUUUUUCUUCUCCUUCUCCAACCAAACAGCAUCUUUCAUGUCUUGGAUUCCAAGUAUUUAAUCUGACUUUAAUGCAUAGCGCUCCUGCACAGCUGAUAUCCUCACCUUAAGUUCAAGUUUAUGAAGAUCUGCAAAAUUGUUACGUAUGAAGCACUCUAUAUGUGAAGGGGAUUAUAUAAACACUUUUGAUGCUUUUGUUUCUAAGUAUAAAGCUAAGAUUUUAACUGCUAAAAUAAAUAAUGAAUCUUUGCAACCUAAAGGCCUGUAUUGCAAAAGUGAUUUUUUUUUUUCACUGUACCGUACUUCCUUUUAGAAAUAGAGUUAGUCUUUAGAGUAAAAACUUGCUCUGAAGAAUCAAGUGUGUUAAAGAUAAAUUAAUUAUGUUGUGAAUUCAGUCAUUUCUCUACAAACAUGCCUUAUGUUUAGCUUCCAAAAGCAAACUUUGAUCAAAGCGAUGGUUGUUGCUCUCAGAGGGGCACUUCUGAACUGUGUAAGUUGAAUGGCUACUGUCUCAUCAAUAGAUUGAAUGCUGUUAGACACCUUAAUAAAACAAAAGUUGCCUUUAUUUAUUUAUUUUCACAAGAAAUCCACUUGGAACAGCCUCUUCUGUCCUCCCAGUUAAUGCAGAUGUUAGGAAUUCCUUUCUACUGACAUGGAAGAAUGGCUAAUCCAGGUCAGUCAGUACCUUGUAAUUAAUGCACAUUCUUUCUUUCUUUCUUCCCUUUUUUUGCUUAAGGAAGAAAAGGGAAGGGGGCAGGACAGUCCCCUGUUUGAAGCUCUUAGCAAGUCCAGAGUGAUUUUGAAGGCUAUGAAUGGAGUUCAGGUUGCAGAAUAAACUCAUGCAAAACUAAUAAAUAAAAGAGGCCUUUUUGUAUAAGAAACUUAAAUCCAGAGUUGUUUUAUGGUUGUUUGUUUUUGUUUCUGUGGGAUUUUUCCUUUUUUUUUUUUUUCCUCACUCUUUCUUUUUCACUCUGUACUUUGAAACAAUAUCUUACAUUAAAAUAGCCAUCAUUUGAAGGGGUUAAGGGAAAGCAAGAUACAAAAGCUACUUCGAGCUCAGUUUGUUACCUUGACCUUUGGAUGUUAUUGAUAUAGCAAUCAUCUGUGUUCACAGAUAUUUUAGCAAAUUUAUAAUCUGAAACUGAGUGUCCAGAUAGGAAAUGAUUCUGUAAUUAGGAUAAAUAGUGCUGAAUCUGAUGACUUAAAGUCAGUUCUGUGCAUAAAUCACGGUUGCAGCUGCUAGUCUAUCCUACCUUGAGUCUUUUCUCAAUAUUUUGGCUAAGUACUUUAAAACCUGGAUAAUCAGAUUGGCUGAGUGUUAGAAGGAGAGCAGGAUUCAGUGUUUUUGGUUUCCUUUCUGUGGCACCUCACAAAAGAAAUGCCUCAAAGAUGAGAGGUACAGCUUCAGUAGACUGAGGGGAAGAUAUACUGCUUUAAAUAGAUAUCCUACUUUGUUUGUAUAUGUUUUAUUGAAUAUAUCAUUAACAAUGCAGGGGAGGCUUUUUUAUUAUUUCUUUUUAUUUUUAUACAUUCCUCAGAAAUUAAAUACAAAACAAAUCUUGAAAAAAUCUCAGAUAUUUAAAUUGGAAUGGUUAGGUGGUAUUCAGAAGAAAAAAACCUGUGUCCUUCUUGUUAAACAAAUAGGAAAUAUGCGCUCAGUUCUUGUGUGUGAUUUAGCUUAGAAUAAUAAUAAUAGUAAUAAUAAUUAAUCUGCAUGAGAAUGUUAUGAAGAUCAUUCAAAACUGAAGUGUGUUUUUCUAGUGGGAUUUUGAAAGUCUAGUGUGGCAAUAAGAUGUCAGUGAAUUCAAUCCUAGAAGUAAAAAAAAAAAAAAAAAACUACAAACAACAACAACAUAACAAAACAAUCCCCUCCCCCCCCCCCAAAAAAAAACAAACAAAAAAACCUAUCAAUUCUGCAAUAUUGUGUAGUUACAUAGCUUUUACAUGUGUAUUUGCAUGUAGUAUUAUCUGCUUCUUCAAAUUACUGAAGCGGGUUUUAGUAUAAUACAUCUAUUAAUGUUGUACACAUGACAGUGAUCGAAUAACAUACUAAAAUAAUAGCUCAUACUUUUACUUGUUGACUCAGUCCUAGUUAGGAGUUAAAUUGUUAAAAGUUCCAAUAAUAGAUGAUUCUUGCUUGAGAUCCAUGAAGAUGAUUAGAGGUCUAGAGCACCUCUCCUAUGAAGACAGGUUGAAGGAGCUAGGGUCUCUUUAGCUUCAAGAAAAAAAAGCUCCAGAGAAGACCUCUUUGUGGCCUUCCAGUAUAUGAGGGGAGCUUAUAAGCAGGAGAGAGGCAAGCUUUUUACAUGGGCAGCGAUAGGAUAAUGGGAAUUGGCUUUAAACUAAAGGAGGGGAGAUUUAGGUUACAGGUUUGGAAGAUAUUCUGUACUCAGAGGGUGGUAAGGCUGUGGCACAGGCUGCCCAGAGAAGCUCUAUGUGCCCCGUCCCUGGAGGCAUUCAAGGCCAGGUUGGAUGGGGCCCUGGGCAGCCUGAGCUGGUGGGGGCAGCCCUGCCCAUGGGAAGAGGUUGAGACUGGAGAAUCUUCAGUGUCCAUCCAUCCCAAAACGUUCUGUAAUUCUAUUCUAAAUAUUUGUUAUAUUUAAAUCUUUUACUUCUUUCCAGCUCUUCCCUUCCAUUAAAAAAUAAUAAAUUAGUCAAGCUAAUUUUAUUGUAAAUGGUGGCAGCAUGUCCGCAUCUCUGUCUUGUUUUUCUGACUCUUUCUUUUGUGACUUCAGGUUGCAGACCAAGUUGUAAUGUAAAAUGCCAGGAUUGCUUUUUAUCAUUAUUGGAUACUGAAAUCAGAAUGCAGUUAAAUAGUCUGGUGCUACAAAUUUUGUAGUAUUUGACAUUCUGCCUGAUUUGCCAACUUUGUCUACCAGUGUGUUUAGUCCUACAAUUAGAAUUGAUGCACUGAUUUUCGUUAAAGAUUCUAAAGAAAUCACUUUUUAUUUUCUACUCAAAAUGUGUCAUUUUUGAAGGACUAAUAUGUGCCCUGGAAGAUGAGUGACUGAAGCUUAUCAGUGAACCAUGAGCUCUGAGAACAAUAAAAUCUGAAGGAACUUUCUCUUGAGGCACACACACACAAAAUCUAUUCAUUGUCUAUCUUGGAUCACUCUCAGCUGGACAGCAGUCUGUCCAAGUCUCAACUGUCACCAUUGCUGGACUCUGUCAAUCCUUAGCCAAGGCCCAAUCUCCACAUUAGUCAUUAGGGACUUAGCUUUCUCUCUUAAUUACCCACAGGAUGGUUAAGCAGUCUGUCAGCCGGUUGAAAACAGCCAUCUGUGUAUGCUUACGUAGAUCCCGUUCUGUUUCCAGUUUCCUAAGACUGCAUAGUAGACUCUGACUUUCGAGGUGCUUUGUUUUGAUGUGUAUAUCUGUUUGAUACUGGGGCCCUGCUGAAAAUCAUUUAUAGUAAUUGCUUUAUUGCGCACUGUAUUUCCAUCCUCCUUUAUCCAGUUACAGGCUCCAGCAGCACAACUGGAUUUUGCAGGGGCUCCAACAUGUGUAAGGAGGCAUCUGAGCUGGUGCUGAGUCACAGACAGCACUGUCACUCAGAGGGCUUAGGUACUGUUUUAUGCACAUAAAAACCACUGUUCUCUUGUAUGAUGUUACUUAAUAUUGCUGUGCCAUGUCCUUGUGCUACAAUAUGAUUGUGACUAAUAGCAUGGAAUGGUUUUCUGAAGCCCAUUUAAGGUAUUUUAAGGUACUUUGAGAUGUUUGUGUCAAGAUUUUACAGCAAAACUUUGCAUUUAAAUGAGAUGUGGAGUGGAAUGCCCUUAAAACUUUUCUGUGGUAUGUAAUUUCUCUGCUUAAGAGAAUGAAGAAAAUUUUGAAAUACCUUCUGUAAGCUGUGUUGUUAAUGAAAGCAAUCCUACCACUAGUAUAUAUAAAAUGUAAUCUUAAAGCACUUAUCACAAGAGAAACUGGCAUAUUUGGACUCAGUACUGCAAAUUUAUUGGGGAAAUGCUUUCAGGCCAGUACUUACGCUUAAACAAUUUGAAGAUUGCAUAGAGGCUGACAUGCUGAAGGCUAGGUGCUUGUUCAGUUUCUUACCAAAGCGGUAUGAUUACAUGAUUCAACUAAGCAGAUAAGAGGGAACUAAGGUUCUGUAUUCAUCUACCUCUGCUUGCUUUCCUGUGAUAUUUCAGGAGCAAAGCCAGCAGGAAACAGCUAUGUUAUUAUCAUUUUUAAUCCAAUCUGUUUAGCCAUCCCCAAGCCAACUUGCUAUGGAGCUUUGCAGCUGAUUGUCCACGUCAGUUAUGAACAUUCUGCAGGGUAAAUCAUGUUUAGUGCCAUGGAUUUGUCCAGCAUUUCAACGCGGAGGCUGAAUUUAAGAUUAAUAUAGAACUUAGUAAGGUGUUCUGAUUUCUGCACAGUGAACAAGUGAAUUUAACUCCUUUUCCUCCUUUGUUUAGCUAACUCUUUGCUAAUGAAAUGGAGCUCAUAGAAUCAAGUGAUAAAAACACGCUUUACCUCUGAAAUAGAUGAGGGGCCGUUCCUCUUCCAGGCAGGGCAACACGAUACUUUUAAUGCUGUGUUAUGUAAGGACAUAAAUGACAGCUUUACACAGAGCGAUGUGCACAGCCUGCAGAGGGAAAGUGUUUUCAUUGGCUCGAGGGCCAGCCUUUGAAAUCUGCGUGUAUAUACUUCCUUGCCUGUGAUACUUAAACAAGUCCCUGACUUACCUAAGGAUCCUCAUAGGAACUCAACUGCAUUAUAGGCAGCCUAUAAGCAGGAAUUUCAACCUGUCAUCUAGGGAGAGUUUCCUCCUUUUUUUUUUUUUUUUUUUUUUUAUCCUUUUUCCUUGUUCUGUACUUAAUAUUUUACUCUGCCAACUCCGUUCUCUGUUCCCCAUUUCCCAGAUCUCAUCCUGGGGCAAAUAGAAGCAGCUGUCAAUUUAAAUCUGUACAGACUACUGGCUCUCCACUGCUGUGAGGCUCUUUAACACUCACUGGUACUACUGUUUGACGGGGUGUUUAUUUGCAGCUGGAGAAAGAUAACUUCCACUUACCUCUAGAUGUUUUACCAGCUGUGACGGAGGCCCUUGACUCCAAGACAAAAGGAGAAGAUCUGCACAAGGAGAGCAGACCUUUCCGCUGCUGUGAAAAAAAAAACCAUGGACCUGUCAGACAGUGACCGUCCUGUCAGCUUUAGCUCCACUUCCUCCUCUGCCUCCUCAAGGGACAGCCACUGUUCCUUUGGAAGCAGGAUGACAUUAGUUUCAAACAGCCACUUGGGCCUAUUUAACCAGGAGAAAGAAGCAGGAGCCAUCAAGCUGGAAUUAGUCCCAGCCAGAAGGUUUUCCAGCAACAAGCCACGCAAGAAUAUCCCUACAGAGCAAGAGGAUCCUGAGGAGAGCCUUGAAAAAAAGUUAAGCACUCCAAGGAAGGCAGAACCAAAAGGAGCAGGCAAAAACUGUGCAAUGUCCCUGGUGACAGAGCCCACCAGUCCCAAGCUCCUCUACGUAGACAGAGUUGUCCAAGAGAUCCUAGAGACAGAAAGGAUGUAUGUGCAGGAUCUGAAAAGCAUUGUGAAGGAUUACCUUGAUUGUAUCACUGAUCAAUCCAAACUGCCCCUGGGGACUGAAGAGCGAUCAGCCCUGUUUGGAAACAUACGAGAUAUCUACCUUUUCAACAGUGAACUUCUGCAAGAUUUGGAAAACUGUGAAAAUGAUCCUGUGGCUAUAGCAGACUGUUUCGUGUCCAAAAGUGAAGAUUUCCAUAUAUAUACACAGUAUUGCACCAACUACCCAAGGUCAGUGGCUGUGUUGACAGAAUGCAUGAGGAACAAGACAUUGGCCAAGUUCUUCAGAGAACGGCAAGAAGCACUGCAACAUUCCUUGCCCCUGGGCUCCUAUCUCUUGAAACCUGUCCAGCGAAUCCUGAAGUAUCACCUACUCUUGCACGAAAUAGAAAAUCACCUUGACAAGGAUACUGAGGGCUAUGAUGUGGUGCUGGAUGCCAUAGAUACAAUGCAAAGAGUAGCAUGGCACAUAAAUGACAUGAAGAGGAAGCAUGAACAUGCCAUCAGGCUUCAGGAGAUACAGAGUUUGCUCACCAACUGGAAAGGGCCAGAUCUCACUAGUUAUGGGGAGCUGGUUCUAGAAGGAACAUUUCGCAUUCAGCGAGCCAAAAAUGAGCGCACGUUGUUCCUCUUUGACAAGCUGCUGCUGAUCACGAAAAAGAGAGACGAGAUGUUUGCAUACAAAGCUCACAUACUGUGUGGGAAUCUUAUGCUGGUUGAAGUAAUACCGAAGGAACCACUCAGCUUCAGUGUCUUCCACUACAAAAAUCCCAAGAUGCAACAUACUGUCCAGGCAAAAUCACAGCAAGAAAAACGGCUUUGGAUUCUUCACUUGAAGAGGCUAAUUCUAGAAAAUCAUCCUGCUAAAAUUCCCGCCAAGGCCAAACAGGCAAUUCUAGAAAUGGAUGCCAUACAUCACCCAGGGUUCCAUUAUAGCCCCGAGGGAGAAACAAAAUCAACGUACCAGCCUAAAGAAGGCGCUACUCAACAGAGAGUGAGAAGGAAAUCAGAACCCUCAUCCAGAGUCCAUAAAGUUUUGAAGUCAAACGACAUAAGCCCAGAUAUGCAGAAGCGGAUCUGUAUUGAAGGAGCCCUAUUAUCUCAAGCCAACAAACUAGGAUCAAAUGAAUCCCUGCUGAAUUCUAGGAAAAAGGGUUCAUUGGAAUCCAGUGGGCUAGAGAGCCAAUUUCAAGGGUCCGCUGAGCCAGCCUACAACAGCGAUCAGGAUGAAAAUCUCCAAACAUCUGCUGCAGAACAGAUUGAUGCUGAUGAUGAAGAAGAAUCUGAGCAGGGAAUGCAACAAAAUUCACUACAGAAAUCAAAAGGAGGAAGGAAAAGGCUUAAUAGUCAAGCUGCUGAAAAUGUUGAAAAAAGGAGAAGUGUUAAUCUCAGCAAGUGUGAAAUGCAGAGCUCCAAGGACCCUUCAGAUGAAGAGUCAAGCCAGUUGAAUACUGAUCUCCCAUUUUCCUGUUCAGCUAGACAGUCGCAGUCACCCAGACAAUUCAACACACCCCAAAACAACUCACUGAUUAUGAAUAUCCUGGGAGGAACCACCUCUGUCAGAAACAUCUGGACGGACCACCAAAUCAGGCAGGCAUUGUUUCCCAGCCGGCGUCCACCUUAUGAGAAUGAAGACGAUGAUGAUGAUUAUCAGAUGUUCAUGCCAUCGUUGUCUACAUCCAACAGCGGUUCAGCUGUUAGUGGAGAAAGGAGAAGUCACUCAGAUCGGCCCUGCAGCUGGCACCUGGGGGUAGUGCAUCAAAAUGAAACUCCCAGCUCCAAUCGUCAUAAAAUUGUUCGACGGGCCAGUAGUGCUGGUGAGAGCAACACGUGUCCAACCAUUGCCAGAUGUAAAAUCAGUGAGCGCAGUUCUCGAAGGGAUGUAAAAAGAACAGACGUGAGCAGUAUGAAUGCAUAUCCUGAAUCUUCAGAGGAGCUGACCAUUGAUGAUAUUGAACAUGUUUAUGACAACAUAAGCUAUGAAGACUUGAAGCUGAUGGGUCUGACAAGAAGGGAGGAAACACACCAUGGUCCCCAGAGGUCUGCUAGAGACUCUCUUUAUGAGGAGGAAAACAAAAGCAGCUUAAAUUCACCCUCCAAAAAGAGGACAGCAAAUCAAAGCAGAACCUCCCUUCAUGCUAGCAGGGAUGAGAUCCUACUUGGUAGAGAUGCGGCUACUUCAAGUUUGGAUGAGCUCAGGAUUGUUGAAGAUAACGUCUAUGACACCAUAGUGCUUCCAGAAACACCACUGUUGAAAUUUAAACAUGAUCCCUUAAAAUGCUCUAAAAAGCGGAGUUUUCUGGGCCUGGAAAAAGACUUGACAUGUUCUGACAAUCUACAGCAGUUUGUUUCUGAAGAGAGUCUCCAGUUCAGUGAAGAUGAGAGCCCUUACCAUCGUCUUCCCAUUGACAAUGACUAUCUCAGCUUAGUAGAUAGCUCUUCUAAUUCCGACUCGCUGUCCCAUAAGUCUGCAGCAGAUAAACUCUCAGAGGAAGUAGAUGAGAUCUGGAAUGACCUGGAAAACUACAUCAAGAAGAAUCAGGAAAAGACAAGAGAUCGGCAUCUUGCAGCCUUUCCUGUUUGUAAAGAUGAUAUACAGGAAAGACUGCAUGCUGGUAGUACACCUGAACUGAGUAAAGAUGUAGAGUACUCAAUGUCUACUCUCUCUCUUCCAGAAACUCCGAUUUUCCCUAAAACUGUGAAACCCAGGGCUGCCACAGUAAGUGAGGCUAGUCUCAGGCUUGAAGAUGCUACGGCAUGCAAGGAAAGCUCUUUAGCAAGUCUGAACAGAUCUUCCUUCUUGGGUGAGAUGCCAUUUGUGGAUAGCCCAUACGAAUCUGCCAGUAGUGUUCUGUCCAAUGCACAUACAGAGUGCAUGGAAAAUGACCCGGCUAUUGUGGAUAAAACAAAGAACAGAGUUUUUAUGAUGGCAAGGCAAUACAGUCAGAAAAUUAAGAAAGCUAACCAGCUUUUGAAAGUUAAAACUCCUGAGCAGGAACAGCCAGCUAGUAGACAGCAGAAACUGAAGCACAAAGACCUUGCUGCUAUUCUGGAGGAGAAGAAACAAGGCGGUCCUGCUAUCGGUGCCAGGAUAGCUGAGUACUCCCAGCUUUAUGACCAGAUUGUCUUCAGAGACAGCUCACCCAAGGUCCAAAAAGAAGCCUGGGCCAGCCCUCAGGAGCCCUCAGCCGUGAGGUUUUCCACACCUCUGGCUAGCACUCUUCCCUGUGCCCAGGUCACUGGUGAGUGCUCCAGAGCAGAGGAUUGGCUUUUGCACUCUACCUACAGCAAUGGUGAGCUGGCUGACUUUUCUCCGUGGCCAGAAUCCCAAGACACAAAGUCCAAGAGCUCAUAUGCAGAAGCUGUGACAAAAAGCAAUUCCAGACAGCUGCCGUCAGCCUGCUCAGUGCCUUCCCUUCAGAUUUCUAACCGCUUGCAUGUCCCGGCGCAGAGGUGGAGUGCAAUUAUCAGCCAACCUAACAAAGAAAAUUUACACCAAGAUCACAUCUAUAACUCCCUUGGGAGAAGAGUAAGCAGUAUGAAACCACAGGCAUACAGUAGGUCACAGUCAUCUUCUUCGAUUGUGGUCAAUAGAUCUGGAGAAUCAAUUGUAUAUCCUAAUGAAACAGACAAGAAAACACCUCAUUCCAAUAGGAACUUCCGACUCAAUAGCCAUCAAGCGCUGGGUAUUGCUUCAGCCUGUACAGGGCCUGAUAUGAGGAAGCAGAUCCCUGAGAACUAUUCGGAUAUGAUUUUGCAGGAUUCUCAAAAGGUCCUGAGAGUAAACAGGCCCUCCCCUCUGACUGCACAGAUGGCAACUCAGAACUAUUUUUCUAACUUCAAAGACACUGAAGAGGGGGAAGGGGAUGAUGAUGACUAUGUGGAAAUAAGGUCUGAAGAUGAGGGGUCUGAUCUGGAGGCUUCUCAGAACCAAACAAGGAAACUGGAUCCUAAAUUGCACAACACGGACACUGACCCUUCUGAAACUCUCUGCAGCAAAACUGUGUCUUGUACUCCUGCAAAGCCCACCGGCAGCAAACACACGCUUACCCCGUAUCUGACUGCAUACAGUGAUUCAGAUAAACUGAAUGACUACCUGUGGAGAGUGCCAUCUCCCAGCCAGCAGAAUAUUGUCCAGUCUUUACGGGAAAAGUUUCAGUGUCUUAGUUCCAGUAGCUUUGCUUGAUGCUUUCAGUGAUCUCUAGCUGUACUGCCUUAACAUGAAGAGUAUAUACUUGGACAAUCAGUACUGGCAUCAUGUAUUUCCAUAUUAUUACACUAUCAGGCAUUGUAUCACAAUAAUAUUGUAAAUAGGUUUUUUUAAUGGUUUAGAAUCCUGGAAGUUAAAAGGCCAUGUGUGCACUGUCUGCUGUCUUGUUUCAUAAUGCAGGUGGACUUAUGACCCCAUAUAGGAGCCUCUGUAUCUUUCCUCUGCACAGCUCAAUUUCUUGCUAGGCAUGACAUCAUUUUUAUUAUUAUUAUUUUUAAACUGUCUAACCCAGGUUUGACACUGUUUGAUGCUUAAGCCAUGUUACCACAUGGGAACCUUAGCAUUUGAGCUUCUGAGUUGUGACCAGGUCUGUUCUCACAAUGACUCUGGUUGCACGUGGCUGCAUCCGUAAGUGUGCAAACUUCUAAGCCAGGUUCUGGUCAUGACAGCAUCAUGCUGUGUGUGCAAUUGCACAAACCUGCUGCACAUUACUUUUCAAAAGAGAGAUUCCAAGUCAGCAGGACCAGUACAUGAGAUACCAAAUAUGCUAUGUUGAUUUAGAACAGACUUCUUAUGUUUUAAACAGAACCUAGUCCUAGUGCUUAUGAGAGCUGCUGAUAGCUGUGUCUGGAGCCUUUCUACCUGCUGUGGCUUCACGGUUGGCAGAGGAGGGGCAGAGGCAUCUUUUUAUGUGAAUCUAUCAAUGUGAGGUCAUCCUUGUCCGAAGGGUGUGUGGGACAGCAGAGUGGAGCUCUGCUGCUUGUGAAGAUGGGUAGGCUGAGUGCUAACUUUGUGCCUGUAGUGUCUGGAACGUGCAGGCUAAAUCAGAGCCCAGCAGUGGAAAGCCACUGCAUGUGGGUUGGCCAAGUGCAACUGAUAGACAGUGACCUGCAGGUUCCUCACACCCCAAAGUCAGUAACCCUGAAAGAGAAUGGGACUCGUCCCUGUGCUUGGGUGAAACAUGCUGAGCUCAGGCUGCGGACUGUUUCUGCAGUAGUGCUAGCUGAGGUACAGGCUGCUUCCUCCAGGCCAGGGUGGGGUGAAAGAGGCAUCUUCAGAACAAGGUGGGCUGAGUAUAAUUCAAUGUCUAUAUAAUAUAAGCAGCUGAAACAUGAGAACGUAUUCCAUCCUUUUGCAAAUAAUGUACAAAGUAAAUGCUCCCAUUUACAACAAGAAUAGACUUUCCAGUGUGAUGCACAUUUACUCUGUUUUGUCAUCGUUGCACAGCUUUUGGAUUCUGUUACUUGAAAACGUUGUACCAAUGGGAAAGCCUCAGUAUGUCUACACUGACCAUCCUGUGUGACUGUCAUUCUGUUUUGGUGCUUAAGUUCUUCAGAUGACGCAGAUAAAGCCAGUACCAAGUUACACAUAUCAGUCUAUGAAGGAGCUGAAGUACUGUUUUUAUUAACCACGUACGGUUCCCCUCGGUUACCGCACUCCCGGACCUGCCAUCUAUUUUCUCCAUUGGUUAUCAUGAGCAAAACCCGGCGUUAUCAAUGUACAGCGAAUUACUUGUAGAAUAAGAUUUAAGGACUUGAAUUUCCUAGAAUGGAUUAAAUUAUUUACGAGGUGCAUUGGUUGGUCACUCGUUGCAUGUACCAACUUGUCCAAACCAGCAGCAGUGAUGCUCGGCGCAGAUGGAACCUCAGCCAGCCCGAGACGAUGAGCAUUGUACAGAAUUAGGCUGGCGAGUAGUAGUGGAGCCCGUAUUUAUUUAUUAGAGCUUGUAAAGUAUUGUAAAUACCCAUAGGAGUUACAUCUGUGCUUUGCCCCCGCACCUCUAGGUUGUUUGGAACUCGCACCUCGUGCAACGGGUGCAGAUAGGGAAAAAAAAGAAAAAGGGAGGUGUACCAGCUCGUAACUUGUCUCCCAGGGACCAUUUCAUACUAUUUGUAAUAAACGCGGAGUAUGCAA